AUGGAAUAUUCAAAAUUCCUGUUGUAUUCGCUAUUAAUUUUCCUGAAUCAAUUUACCUGUAGUCUACAGGAGAGGAAAAAGGUGGUAGUCUUUUUAAAAACUGACACCAAUUUCAAUCCUGUCUAUGUCUCCAAUUACACCCUAACAAUUGCCAAUGAAAAUUCCACCAUUAAUUUGGAUUUGAUUUUAAUAAAAAAUAUAACUGAUCCGCUGUGGAAUUUGAUAAGUUUGGAAAUUAAAUUUGCCAAAGAGAAUAUCUGGAGUCAAAUAAUGAAAUACGAUUUGAAUUAUUGUGAAUUGUUGCAACAGAGUCGGACACCAAUGUUUAAUCUCCUCAGUGUGUGGAUUAGUAAUGUUCGCAAAUAUGGCACCCUGCCCAAGGAGUGCCCUAUAUUGGUGGGUCACUAUUCAUGGCGUAAUUUUAAACUGGAUAAACAUAGUAUUCCCCACUUCGUAGUGAAGGGUUUCUAUCGUAUUGGUGUGUUCCUGUAUCUCAAAAGAGCCGAGCAAAAGGAAAUGGUGAUAAAUUCAACAGUCGAUAUUGUGGUGAAAGGAAGAUAA